AUGCGAAAGUUGGAAUGGAACGACAUGGGAGUGAAGACUGAUGGUCGGCAGCUAUAUCAUCUGCGCUUUGCUGAUGACAUCGUACUGAUAACACCUAGCAUCAGCCAAGCACAACGAAUUCGGAGAAACAUGUGGAUGCGUCGGUCUUCAGCUGAAUGUACAAAAAACGAUGUUCAUGCGGAACGGAUGGAUCUCGGAUGCCUCAUUCACGCUCAACGGAACGAACAUAUCCGAAUGCACCAGCUACGUUUAUCUGGGUCCGGAAUUGAAUAUGAUGAACGACCUGACCCCCGAGCUGGGCAGGAGGAGAAGAGCGGCUUGGGGCGCGUACAAGAGCAUCGAGGAUGUUGUGAAGAAGACCAGUAA